GCCACUUGGGAGGGAGUUGUGGCGCGAAAAGUUGGUGAGAAUGGUUGGCCCCCAGACGUCGAUCUCGGACGCCAUAUCUGAAUGGGUCACCCAAGAAAGGGAUGCAUCACUGGAGGCUAUGCCGAGUGGAAGCGGAAUGGACGUUGAUGAGAACCAUCACCGUGAUACCAUCCGCUCCCUGGUUCAUCUCCUUGCUGUUUAUGGCAUUUAUGAAGUAGUAUUCGAAGCGUCGUAUGCCGACAUCACUAGGGAAUACUAUAAGAAGGAGAAUAGGCAACUUUACAAUGAAUCAAAGGCGGUCGAUUGGAUACGCCACUGCUCAGCGCGGUUGGAUCAGGAAGAAAGACGUCUGAAAGAUUGUUGCUCUGAGUUUCCCAGUCACCGCAUUAUCAGUAUUGUUCAAGAUCGCUUGAUGCGGAACAAUGUCACUGACAAGUUCUCCCAGGCCGCUAUCGAGAAGCUCAUGAACGAGAAAGAUGAGAAGGGGCUUUCCCAAAUGUACAAUCUUUAUUGCAGAGUGCAGUCAGUGCCCGAACUCCGUGAAUCGUUCAAAGCAUAUGUCAAGACUGUCGUUCAGCUCGAGGUCCACAAGACCGACAACGAUGCCAAUAUGAUUCACAGCCUCAUUUCGCUUAAAGAUUUUAUUGAUGGAGUAGUCAAGACUUGUUUUGUAAGCCGCACGAGGCAAGCAGACGUAGGCCCAUUGCCGUUGGAUAGCGAUGAUUUCAUCCACGCAGUUCGGGAUGCCUUUACUGUCGCAGUUGGGACCAGGAAAAAUAAGCCAGCAGAGUUAAUGGCCAAGCAUCUCGACGGUAUCCUGCGUCAAGGACAAAAGGGUAUGUCCGAUUGCGAUUUCCAGAAACAAGUAGAUGAGGUGAUGGCAUUGCACGCAUUUACCCCCGACCGAGACGUCUUCCGCACUUUCUAUAUGAGGGCUUUGGCCAAGCGCGUUAUUCUCCGACGCAGUGCUUCUGAUGAUUUUGAGAAGCAGCUCCUCGCCAAACUAGCGAACAGCUACGACCGCGAAUUUGAGAAAGGGCAGCAAAUGUUCAACGAUCUUGAACUCUCCCGAAACCUGCAAGCUGACUUCCAUGCCUUGCGGGAGCAUAUUGGACACUCGAUUAAUGAUUGUGACUCGUUUACCAUGAUGGUUCUCCAGCCAUCCGCUUGGCCCACUUAUAAACCCAGUCCGCUUUUAUUGCCUGCAGGAAUGCGAGCUGCCAUGGACCACUUCAAUGAAUUUUACAUGAGCAAAUUUAGGGGCCGACAGCUGCAAUGGAUUCACCACUUGGGAACUGCAAGCUUAAUAGGACGAUUUCCUAAGGGAGAGAAAGAGCUUGUGCUAAGCCUGGAGCAAGCAUGUGUCCUACUCCUAUUCGCAGAAGAAGAUGUUAUGGAACUCACGUUCUGGGAGAUUCAUGAACAAAUUAAUAUGGACAAAGAAGAUCUCAAGCGCACGCUUCAGUCCUUGGCGUUGGGCAAGAAGCGAGUUUUCAAAAAGCAUCCCUCAAGUAAAGACGUCAAUAACAACGAUGUAUUCAGUGUCAAUAUAUCAUUUGAGGACGAGAGACGGAUCGUAAGGGUCAACAAUAUACAGGUUAAGGAAUCGGCCGCCGAAAACGCUCAAGCAACGGAAAGCAUUGCUAUCACCCGAGAUUUACAACUCCAGGCCGCCAUAGUGCGCAUUAUGAAGGCGAAGAAAGCCCUCACUCACUCUGAACUCGUCACGACGACCGUCGAUGCGGUCAAGCAACACUUCUAUCCUGACGUCGCCAUGAUCAAAGCGCAAAUUAGCCAAUUGGUAGAUAUGGAGUAUCUGGAGCGGGAUGAGAGUGAUCCAUCAUUGUAUAGAUACCUUGCCUGAGGAUUAGCAUGUCGACGGGCCGAUGACCUCGCUACUGCGACCGUGGGAUAAAACGAUGUACCCUUGACCCGCCAUGUUAGAUGAUAAUGAAAGCAGUUGCAAUCAU